UUGGUGUGGUGUAUACAGUAAAUGGUCCCAUGUUUAACUGAAAUAAACGCUGCCUCUGUGUUUUAUAGCGUUACUUUGUUUUAUUUGAGUGCACUGUUUGCUAGUAUGUAAUGGUUGAAGAAGGUCCGCGAUGAGGGAACGCUAAGGUGGACUGUUACAGUCGUAGCUAGCUAGCUAACGCUGUUUAGACAGCUAACGUUAAGCUAACUCACGUUAGCUAACGCUAGUUAGCAGCUAACCCAGCGACCCCGGUGAACCUUCUUUUCCUUCCCUGCUUUUUAUGUCGCUAGCGAACUAAACACUGGAGUAAAAGCUGUGAAACCACCACUCCUCACCGAGGGAAGGCUGUUUUUCAUCCCAGGGGGAGCUGCCACUGUUUCAGCUCCUGACUCCUGUACGAUGUGCUUAUUCUGCUGAACGGUCAUGAGAGCCAUCCUCACCUGCGUCUGCUGACGCCUCGCCUCACAUCUCAACCUGAACCUGUUCUGGUCUCGUUGCCCCUGCCCCUGCCCCGGCCGGCGAUGCAGCCAUGAGCUCGGCGCUGUGGAGCCAGGAGAAGCCGGCGGGUGGCUUCCGCGAUGACUGGCGCUUCUACAUUGUGGUGAAGGAGUGUGUGGUGGAGAAGCCGCCGCAGAAAACACUGCGUAUCCCGCGUGGCAGCCUGGGCCAGGCAUGCCAGGAGCGCAACAGCCUGGGCCGCCCGCUUCCGCCCAGCAAGGGAAAGCGCAGCCUGCGCAUCCUGGACCAGACCAAUGUGGUGGUUAGCGUGGAUGAGCGGGACGUGCUGGAACUGGAUGAGAAACUGGCUGAGCUGCUGUUUCCCAUCACCAACUGCGAGGAGCGCUAUGGUCUGCUGUGCAACAAGCCACGUUUGGACAGGGCCCGCGAGAUCGACUCCGGCUCCAAAGUCCGAGUGCAGCUGCGCUCUGGUGACGAACCUCUGCCUGGAGUUGUCAGGUUUAAAGGGGCUCUGCUGCCUGACAGAGCGCUCUCUGGGAUAUGGUUCGGUGUGGAGCUGCUGGAGGAAGGUCGUGGACAGGGUUUUACUGAGGGUUCAUAUCAAGGGCAGCAGCUGUUUCGCUGUGAGGAUGAGUGCGGGGUCUUUGUUGCACUUGAUAAACUCGAGCUUUGGGAGGAUGAGGAGCUGGAGGUGGAUCAUGUGACCCUUGUGGACAACGACCCAGAAGUGGAAGGAGAGUUCCCGCCGCUGGAGGUUAACUCUCGUGUGCUGGUGCAGACUCGGGAAGGGCCUGAACGAGGAACCGUCAUCUUCUGCGACCUGUUACCUGGCAACGAAACACUGGGGUACUAUGUUGGAGUUGAUAUGGACAAUCCUAUCGGAGACUGGGAUGGCGUGAUUGACGGGAAGCUGCUGUGUAAUUUCGCCAGCCUCGAGCAUACCCGCCUCGUGCCCAUCUGUGACGUCAUGCCAGAGUACUCCAUGCAGGAUCCGAGGCUGUCCAAACCCAGCUUUACUUCGAGAGGCAGCUGUGAAAAGCCUGGUGGUCAGGGCAAACCAAAGAACAAAGGGGUAGGUCUGCAGGCUGCCAGCAGAAGCAAGUCAGAAUUUUAUUAUACUCUAAACGGCAGCUCUGUUGAUCAUCCGGCCCAGUCCAAAUCCAAAAGCACAUGGUAUAUAGAUGAAGUAGGCGAAGACCCGGCCAAGUCCCUGACUGAAACGCCUCCCGACUUCAACCAGGCCUCGCCCCCUCCCAGAGCCCCGCCCACUGCCGUCUCGCUGUCCAGCGACAACAAGUUCCACUCCUUACCCUUCAGUCUGAAUCGUAAGAGCGGGCCCAAUGGGAGCAUGAGCCAUGGACCGCUCUCCCUUUCCGUCCAAUCCGUGAUGGGAGAGCAGCAGGAGAUCCCGCCCCCUGUGACUGCCCCUUCUCCAAGGCCGUCAUCUCCUCCUAAGGGUCAGCCGGGGUUAGAGGUGGGGUCUCUGGUGGAGGUGAAGGAGAAUCCACCUCUGUGUGGGGUGAUACGCUGGGUCGGCCUGCCGCCGGGACUACUGGAGCCUCUUGCGGGGCUGGAGUUGGAAGAAGAAUGUGUAGGAUGCACUGAUGGCACAUUUAAAGGCACGCGCUACUUUACCUGUCCUCCGAAGAAAGCUCUCUUCGUCAAGUUAAAAUGCUGCCGGCCUGAUUCUCGCUUCCCUUCACAACAUCACUCGCCCAAUCCAAUCGAACGAUGCAAUUCUAUAGCAUUUGGAGGUUACCUGAGUGAAGUGGUGAAUGAAAACACUCCCCCUCGUACAGAGAAUGAUGGGCUAGAGGUGAUGGUGGGGAAGAAGAAAGGCAUUCAGGGCCAUUACAACUCCUGCUACCUAGACUCAACACUCUUCUGUCUGUUCUCGUUUAGCUCUGUGUUGGAUACCGUAUUACUGAGGCCAAAGUCUAAGACUGAUGUAGAAUACUACUUAGAGACACAGGAACUGUUACGCACUGAGAUAGUCAACCCACUGCGCAUACACGGUUAUGUGUGUGCGACUAAGAUAAUGAAGCUGCGGAGAAUCCUAGAGAAGGUGGAGGCAGCAUCUGGCUUCACAUCUGAAGAGAAAGAUCCAGAGGAAUUCCUUAACAUUCUUUUUCACCACAUUCUGAGGGUGGACCCAUUGCUCAAACUACGCUCUGCUGGGCAAAAGGUUCAGGACUGUUAUUUCUACCAAAUCUUCAUGGAUAAAAAGGACAAAGUGCUAGUGCCUACUAGCCAGCAACUGCUGGAGUGGUCCUUCAUCAACAGUGACCUCAAGUUUGCUGAGGCUCCGUCCUGUCUGAUCAUUCAGAUGCCUCGGUUCGGGAAGGAUUUUAAAAUGUUUAAUAAGAUUUUCCCUUCCCUGGAGCUGGACAUCACAGAUCUCCUGGAAGACACGCCAAGAGAGUGCCGUAUCUGUGGGGGGUUAGCUCUGUAUGAGUGCAGGGAGUGUUAUGAAGAUGCUGACAUCACAGCCGGGAAGAUUAAGCAGUUCUGCGAAAAGUGCAAUACACAGGUGCAUCUGCACCCGCGGCGUAAGACCCAUCGGUACGGAAAGCUAUCAGUGCCUAAAGAGCUGCAGGAGGGUGUUUGGCGUCAGGGUUCCUUUCCCCACCAGCAGAUGGAGCUGUUCGCUGUGCUCUGCAUCGAGACCAGUCACUACGUCGCCUUCGUCAAAUACGGCGCUGCCGACUCUGCCUGGCUCUUCUUCGACAGCAUGGCCGACCGAGACGGUGGGCAGAACGGUUUUAACAUCCCGCAGGUGUCCCCGUGUCCUGAAGUGGGGGCUUACCUGAAGAUGACUCCAGAGGAGCUGCACGCCCUGGACCCCAAAAACAUCCAGGGCUACGCCCGCCGCCUGCUCUGUGACGCUUACAUGUGCAUGUACCAGAGCCCCACCAUGAGCCUCUACAAAUAAGAAGAGCGUGAGAGAAUGGAAGGGGGGAUUAGGGAAGAAACCAAAUGGGAAGAAAAGGAGAACGCAACAGCAGUGGAGGUUGAGAGGAUUGAAGUGAAUAAAGAUGACUAACAGCUGGAUGUUGAAGGAUGUUGAGAGUGAAUAAAGUUAGCCCACCGCAGAACAUGCCUGCUUCCCUCGAGACACUGCAAAGAACCAACAAUCCUCUUUAUGAUGGUUAUGAUGAUACGUUCUGUAUAUAGUCUAUGAGUAAGAGCAGGACAAGGUGAAAGGAAAAAGCUGAUUUGCACUGUUUGUAUGUGUGUGUGUGUGUGUGUGUGUGUGUAUAUAUAUGUGUGUGUAUGUAUGUAAGUAUGGUCGAGUGCUAUUGUUUUUGUCCUCUGUGUCGCAGGCCGUGGAUGAACACUCCCCCCUCUCCCUACCCCAAAAGGUACAGUGAGGAGGAACUGCUGUAAAAAAAAAAAAUAUAUAUAUUAUAUAUAUAUAUAUAUAUAUAUAUAUAUAUAUAUAUAUAUAUAUAUAUAUAUAUAAUACUCAUUUGAAGGUGAGCUGAAACAGCUGAACGAUCUCUAUAGCACAUCAAAACUAGCCACACAGUAAAUGGAACAGGACCCAUCCAUCUUUGCCUGGACGGACACGUCUCUAUCUCUCUAUCCCUCUAUCUCUCCAUAAUAUUCCUCCAUAAUAUAAAUGGAAUAAUGCUCAACCAGGAGUCCUCACCCCACAUCCUCUGUACUUAUAAACCCAUUCUCCAAACCCAUCAACUGCACGGCAAACCUGUUUACUGUAGAUUCUGAUAUCUAGUGUCUCUGCUACUGGUUUCAGCCACCAUAUUUUGCUGUGACGUCCUUGUCCCGUGUACAAACCUACAGCGCGGUAGAGGUGUACGGAAGAUUGAAGGAGGAGACCCUUGGCUCAGCGUCCAUGCAGCGUGCGACUGAGACUGAGAGUAUUGAUUCAUUAAGCACACAGAGUAUUUUUAAAUGCAGUUUGGUAAGCUUUUGUGAUUUUUUUUUUUUUUUUUUUUUUUUUUUUUUUUUUUUUCUCCCAGUUUGUUCCGAGUGUUCACAUCUUUGGCCUUUUAAGAAAUGGAUUUCAAACUGAAAUUUUGGCUUUACCUGCUGGGUAUGAAGAAAUAAAUCUAUAUAAAGUCAUGCUUAAUAUAAUACCUGCUAAAAUAUUGCUCUAUAUAAGUAUAUAUGCGUGUAAACGCGAGAGCAGUGUUGUAUGGCACAGCCACCAAACCAUGUUUUGGGUUAGCAUUGGAAACAAACAGCAUCGAAUCCUAUUCAAACUGCAAGAACACAUUAUUAACAGCAUAUUGCAUAGCUGCAUUAUAUAGUCAUGAGAGAAAAUUAGGAAACCCCAUGAAUUUUUCUUUUGUCUUUUUGAAUAUACCAAUUCAGUUUAAUAGGAAAAGCUGACAACAGACUAAAACAUUGCUAACUGAAGUAGCGGGGUUUAAACACAACACUAAAUGAACCAUUGACUGACUUUUAUUUUUCAAAUUAAGCUCAAACAUUUAUAGGAUUAAACAUGCGCAAAAAGACAGAUUUUUUUUUUUUACCAACGACUUUAUCUCAUGAUUUUUUUUUUCUCCCAGUCCACUGAAAGUACAAACCAAAUUGGUGUCAAACAAUAUUUAUCAUGAUGCAAGAUCAGCAUUCUAGUGUAUUGUAUUCUAGACCUUGUUUUUGAGGAAACUCAGGCCCGUUUACAACUGGUCACUUCAUGUGUCUAAUAUCUAGAUUGUGUAUUGAUAAGAUUUUUGCACCAUGCACCAUCUGAAAAGCACCUAAAAUGUUUUCUUGUUUUUACCAUAUUUUGACCAUUACAUGUUCAGUUGAAUAAUUUUAAGUGUUUUCAUUUUGUCAAGGCUUCUAAGUAAUUUUAAUUCAUAAAAUUGCCUCUGAAUUAUUUAAUAUAAGGGUGAAAAGCCUUAGAAUUUGGGUAUGUAAUUUCAGGUGGAAAUUGGUAAAAUUAGGCUUGGAGCUUAAGGUUAAACAUGUUCAAAAAGACAAAAUUAUAUGUUUUUUUUUAUGCAGUGUCCUAAUAUUUUCACAUGUUCACAUGAAUUCACGUUUUUUUCCAGUGUGCUGGAAGUACAAAUCAAAUUAGUGUCAAACUAUAUUUAUUAUGAUGCAAAAUCAUCAUUCUAGUGUAGUGCGCACAUCCCAUCAUGCAUAGCCCGUUUACACCUGGUCACUUCAUGUGUCUAAUAUCUAGAUUGUGUCUUGAUAAGAUUUUUGCACCAUGCAUUUACAGCCUGUUUACUCCUGGCAUAAACAUGCAUUUUUUCUAAAUGAUUUACGUUCAGAUUAGACAGUUCAGAUUUUUAUAUAUAUAUAUAUAAAUACUGAUCCUCUUCCUCUUUAUGUGACCCGGUAACUAUUUUUGUGACACCAUUUUGCCACCUGUCCUAAUGCCAAAGAUAGAGGAGACAAAAGAAGCUGCUUUUAAUAGCAAACAAAUUAGUUUCCUACAAAGAGUACACUAGAGAUACACACUUUUAAGAUCUUGCAUUAGUUCACAAUUCCAGCAUGAUGAGUCCUGGCAUUGUCCUUUUGGAAUAGGCCUGUUCCAUCAGGGAAGAAAAAAUCCAUUGAUGGUAUAACCUGGUCUAUAUUCAUUAUAUUCAGGUAGUCAGCUGACCUCAUUAUUUCAGCACAUACUGUUGCUGAACCUAGACCUGCAGACCAACUGCAGCAUCAACCCACAUCAUUUACUUACUUAAAUCCAGGCGUCUUUUUUUUUUGUUGGCCAGGCAGUGUAAUUCUGAUAUUGAAGUUGGAUUGGAGGUGACCAGGUGUAAACUAGUUAUUAUAAUAUCUCCCAAUUAAAACCCACAGUUCUGAUUGUGGUUAACUGUGCCAGGGUUUGGUCUGUAUCUACAGUGCUUGGCUAGGAGUCAAUGGAGUUUUAAUCAAACACAAUCAAAUGAGAGGUAUAUGGAAGUGGACAGUAUGGAAAUAUCACAAUGCGUAGAGAAAAAAAACAUAACACCUGCAUCUAGAUUUGAAAAUGUAAAACAAAUGCCAUGCACCACUAGUGCCGUAUUUCAGAAAUUCUGUUUAAACUAUGGUUACCAUAGCUUUACAUUCAAUUAUGCUUGGACUGCCAGCUGGAUUUAAACAUGCAACAAGAAAUAUAUGGAAAAACACCUUUUUUUUUUUUUUUUUUAAUAAAGUACAGCUGUCGGAUUUUAUGAUGAUGUAUUUCCCAGCUCUACAAAGGUUACACAGUUUACAAACAUGGUUAAACUGCUGGUCUAGGGUCAGUUUUUGUCUAUAAAGUAGGAAAAAAGGAGUGUUUGUCCCAGACUGGUAAUCAACUCCUUUCCUUCCAACAUUCCCUUCCAAAAACUCAUCCUAGAUCAGCAGGUGUGGUCUAAUGUUUCCAGAAAGAUCCUCAGUGGCACUGUAGCUCCCUGUUGGAUUCAGCAUCAUAAGUAUGAUCAUCACUGAGACGGUAAAUCUGGAAUCACGGUAUAGAUUGUGGAGUUGUUGACGCAACCUUGUGUACUGGGCACACAAGCCAAGCAUUGCUUAUUACUGGACAGCAUGGAUGGAGUGAAAUGAACUGUAUAGGCUGGUAAUGGAGCUUUCAUGUUGUUCAGGGAGAAUGGGCUGUAACUCGUGUACCUGUUCAAAUCGAGCCCUGGUUAAGUUUCUUCUAUUUGUGCUGUUCUUGUAAAUGUUAACUAAAUUAAAACCCCAUUUUGAAAAGAAA